GCUUAUCUUUGUUCAAAACGAACACGUCAUUACGUCCGAGUUUUGCUAGCUCGAUAUUUUGAUCUAUAAAGAGUUGCUCACCCAGACAGAACCUUGACAAAGGUCACAAUUUGUACAGAACGUGCGCACAUGUAGUGGUUUUCUUUACGUUAGUUACCUGAACAAAGGCUUUUCAUAGUCUUCUGCAGGAAAAACACCAUCCGAGGGCCCAGAGGUGUGGAAAUGGGGACAAAUAUCAGCGCUAGACAUUAAUCUUUUAUUAUAGUCUUUGUCAACAAGCUUUAUUUCACAGAUUAGCCUGUCCCAUAUAUUUCAUUCAUUUCCCGACUGAGCAAGAAUAGAGAUAUCUUGGGUUCCACGGCCGAGCGGAGGGAGGAUGAGGUGUGGUCAGCCCCCGGAGGCUCUGCUGGCCCCGAGAGUGACCUCUCAAGGCCUCGCUCCGAGGCUAAAGCUCUUCCCAAAUGACUCCUCUGCGUUUGUGUUUCUAGGACACUUGAGAUUUGUCCACGGUGGUUGCAAUAGCACACGACUCAUAACUGUAAACGCUUGAAAUAAAUACACUUUGUCAUACAAUUGAUCGUGAAUGAGCGGCUGGGCAAAUUAAUUGGGUCGUCAACAAUUGAGUCCACAUCGGCAGUUGUGCCAAAUGGAUCACUUUAUGGUUUAUGGUGUCUUAUCCUUACAUCAGCCCAGCCUCUGAAACAUGAGGAUGGAGAAGGGAAGUGCCGAGAACAACCAAUCCUUAUUUUCCUUAUCAUUGUGCAGGACAUGUUCUCGAGUGCCAGCAAGGUUUUAAGAGGGGGAAAAAAGCCCUAUUUAUUCUGUGUCUAGGACAACGGCGUAUCGCAUCUAGGCCUACGCCUACUCUGUUCACCGGCCCGCAGGGGACAUGUCAUAUUGCGAAAAAGUGUUUUUAGGCGAGGCUUAUAAAUUGAUCAGGGCGCUGGAUGCACGGUUUACUUUGUGAGCGAUUCAUCCAGAUGACGGCUCGAGACUUCUCACCAGUCAUGAUAAAGGUAUUUUUAGGCUUGCUGGCAUCCUCAGCCUUGUCAAAAGGAAUGUUCAUAAAUAACAAAACAGAUCAUGGGAAUUUUACACCUCCUCCACCUGGCUCACGGGACAGGCCCAUUCCUCCCGAAUACUGGGGUACUGGCGUUUAUCCUCCACUGCCUGAGAACCACUUGCCAGAACAUGACUACAACAAGACGGAUUAUGUCCCUCCACAGAUACGCGCUGGAGAGAACUACCCUAUGCUACCAAAGGGUUAUCCCUUUCCACCAGAUAGUGGGGCUAAUUCCCAAGGGUCUCGCAUGUUCGACAUGCCAGACUUGACAUAUUGCAAUAUGAUCUUGGAAGCGCCGGUGCCCCCAACUGCAGAUCAAGUACCUUGGUUCUGCACCUGCUCUUUGUGCAAAGGAGCUAGCGGUGGCCCAAAGGGUGAAAGAGGAGACAGAGGUUUACCAGGUCCACCUGGGAGUUCAGGAAGUAGAGGUUUAAGUGGUCCCCGAGGUCAGCCAGGUUUCACAGGUCUACCAGGACUUAAGGGCCAGAAAGGUGAUGAAGGUAUGAAAGGGAACGAAGGUCCAUUGGGUCCAGUGGGAUUGAUGGGAGAGCGUGGAUUCAAGGGUGAUAAAGGAGACAUGGGUUUGGAAGGGAUGCCAGGGAACCAAGGACCUCCUGGACCCCCCGGGGAUUGCCCUUCACUGUGUGAUUCUGUGAAUGGACCUCCAGGAGAAGUUGGAUUACCAGGAGUAGUUGGACCUAGAGGCCUCCCAGGAGGCUCAGGAGAACCUGGGGCGAAAGGUGAGAAGGGUGAUCAUGGUGAAAUAGGUAACCCCGGCGUUCCAGGCCUUAAUGGGUUGAAAGGCGAUCAAGGCGAACAAGGUGUGUGCCAUUGCAAGGACGGGGCCAAAGGUGCAGAUGGAAUGACUGGGCCUCCUGGUCCAAAGGGUGAAAAAGGGAAUGUUGGUUCUCAGGGGCUUGAAGGGGUAAGUGGUCCUAAAGGUGAAAAAGGAGAACUAGGAGCGACAGGUCUUCCUGGUCCCUGCUCUCCUGCCAUCCAGUCAGGCUUUUCAGCAAGACUCGCUAUCAGUAUCCCAAGUCCAGACAGACCUGUUCCCUUCAGCAUAAUCAUUUACAAUGCACAGUUACACUACAACCCCACUCGUGGUGUCUACACGGCUCCUGUCAACGGCACGUACAGCUUCAGCUACAAUUUGUGUAUCUUCAACAAAGUCCUCAAAGUGGGGCUCUUCCGCAAUUUUUUCCCGAUCGUGAAAAGCACCGGAACAACAAACCUUGGUAUGGUCUCUCAGGUGGUGGUUCUGCACCUGAACAUGGGUGACCAAGUGUGGAUCCAGGUAAAGGACAUAAACAGUAACAGUAUGUGUACCAACAGUGAGAAUAGUAGCACCUUCUCUGGUUUCCUGCUUUACCCAGACAGCUGUGAUGAACCAUUAUCCCGAGACGUACCUGACCCUAUCGCUGGCACAUACAGCUGGGGUACACUGGAAGCAGUAGACGAGGAAUAAACGUAAUCGUUGUUCAAAUGCCACAUUUCACUCAAGACAACAAACUCUGUUGUAUCUAUAUCGAUACUUCUCACCUGCUCUGACUAUUUUUUCUACAUAUUCAGGUAUAGCAGUUCUUUUCGAAAGAUCGUUUAUCAGAGGUUUUGACACUGUUAUGUUGUCUGACUUUGCAAAACUUUAUCCUAAUCUCAUCUAUCCUAACUGUAUUUCUUGGUGAUCUUCCAUUUGUGUUGAAAAAUCGUGGUUUGUCCGGCUACCAGCUGCCAAAUCACGAGUCAAACUGGUAGACCAUCUUUCCCAGCUGGUAAGUUAUUUUCCAGCUUAAUUAAAUCAAUCAAUAAACGUCUGAGAUUUUCUAAUUGCCUCACCGUCGUGUGAUUUUCUUAAUAAAAAUGAUUAGCAUUUGUAGCACUAAUUCAGAAAUGGCUACCAACUUGCAAAGAUGGUCUACCAGUUUGACCAGCUAGGUCCGCUCGUGUUUUGCCAGCUGGUAGAUGGACGUUUCCAUAGGAAUGACUUUGACUCUGCUACGUUCUCCCGUUCUCCUUCUUAAAGUCUUUCAUAAGUGCAUGGUUGUAUCGAGAACCUGGACGAGAACUUUCCGGAAGGUUAAGCAAAUUCCUUUCAAAAUACAAGUCUGUUCAUUUACAGAUCUUUCCGUUGUUUUCAAUUCAUUUAUAUCUCGUGGACGUGUGCCGUCCUUAUCUAGUACUUUAAAUGUUUAAGAUGUAAUUAAUUAAAUAGUCAUACUAUGUCUUCAGAGAAACAGCUAGUGGUAGAAAGUAAACUCUAAGAAAACCGAAGUUCGGAUUAUCCUAAAUAAUGAACCUAUUGAUAAGAUCCUUCGUUUAGAAAAUGUUAUUCUGUAAUAGCUGUUGUCCUAAAUGUAACUGCUAUGGCUACUAAACAGAUAAGAUUUAGGAUGUUUCUGUAAUGGUUAGGUUAAAUACAUAAUCACUAUGAGAGUCAUAAACCCAAUAGGUUAAUUUAAAUCAUGACCAUAACUAUAAUACUACUUACUGCCAUGUACUAGUAACAUAAUCAUGAAGAAUAAUCUUAGCACAAGGAUGUGAUCGAGGCUGAA